AUGGCUGCCGAUCCUCUGCCCGAUCACCCUAAUGGAAGCUUGACCAACACCCGAGGAGCCAUACCUCUUAAUGAAGCGUUUGAGCGUCUCCGCUGGUCGGUCUUCGAGGACAUCACCAACAUCCUCGUUCUCGAUGAUCCAAAGACUGACCUAUCGCCUUUUGACGGUCACGCCAUCGCAUCAGAACCAGCUUCCGAAAUUCCUCUUACCAAGAUAGCCUUCAGCAUCGACGAGCUCAAUGAGUUUGCAGCUCUUGAAACAGGCUUCAGCGAUGACGAGUUCGACGAGCCUGGGUUUGAGGAAAAUCGUCGCUAUCAGCGACCAGAGCCCUUACUUGUUACCAGAACAGAUGGCGGUACUCUUACAGUUGCAGACGUCAUCCAACAACUAUCAGUCUACUUCCUCACUCACAAGGAAGACAUACUCAAGGCAAAAGCCUAUACGAAUGGGGACUCGAGCGACCACGGGGCGGACGACGAUCAAGCCGCCACUAAUACACUGGGCAAAGUUCGGGGUACAUCUCCCGGCACGAGAGUUUUCUUUGAUGGAUUCUUUGGUAUCAUAGAGCCCACUAUGGACUCUGUUCCUGUACUAUUGUGGGCUGAGGAGGAGAGUGCCUCGUAUCCGUUAGAUGAUAGACUGCGACAGUAG